AAUUCAUCCGAUUUAUUAUUUUCUGCAGACGAUGUACUCUUAACAUGCCAAUUUUAGGGUUCCUUUAAUAUUUACACUCUUAGAAAGAGUUAAUAUGUCGAAUUUAUCGCCGUUUCUAAAUCCUGGUCCUCGGACGAAACCAAACACACUCGCCCUAGCUCACCUGUCCCGCGACAACAUCGAGCCAAUUUAUCUGAACGAUACCUCAGAUGCCAUUGAUGGAUACGCUGAGGGAGCCGUAUUAAAUACGCGAUUUGGAUCUUUCCCACACUCCACCUUACUUAAUAAACCAUGGGGUUCGCAAAUACGCGCCUCCGUCGUAGAUACUGGCUCUAGAGGUCGAAAAUUGAAGCCCAACAACGAUGCAGAACCGGAAAAGGAACCGGAAAAUGAUGUGGAGGAUGCUGGUUCAGGUGUCGUAAUAGCAAAAGACGUCAAGACUGCCUCAAGCGGUUUCAUCCACAUACUACCACCUACACCAGAGCUCUGGACAACAAGCCUGCCUCAUCGAACCCAAGUCGUAUAUACGCCCGAUUAUAGUUACAUUCUUCACCGUAUCCGCGCGCGACCUGGUAUGAAAAUAAUCGAAGCCGGCGCAGGAAGUGGCAGUUUUACACAUGCCGCUGCUAGGGCGAUCUAUAAUGGCUAUCCGAAAGAUGCGCAAGAUGCGAGAGGGAAGGUAUUUAGUUUUGAGUACAACCAAGAUCGAUACGAGAAGAUGCGCCAGGAGAUUAGCGACCACCGCUUGGAUAAACUCGUUCAGAUUACCCACCGAGAUGUUUACAACAACGGAUUUUUAGUCGAUGGCGAAAGUCCCGAAGCCGAAUGCGUCUUCCUCGAUCUGCCAGCGCCGUGGAAAGCUCUUCCCCAUCUAUCGAGACAAAAGCCGACGCCGUCUCAACUAUUAGGCAGUGAACUAGAUUGUCUUGGCAAUACGGACUCCGAAUGGAAGUCUCCUCUACAUGCUGGUCGGACAGUCUAUAUUUGCACCUUUUCUCCAUGCAUUGAACAGGUCACAAAAACCAUUGACGUUAUGCGCCGACUAGGAUGGAUGGAUAUAGAGAUGGUCGAAGUCGCACAUAAGAAAAUACUUGUUAUGCGAGAGCGGAUUGGUUUAAACAUACCAGCAGGAGAACGAGGGUCGAGCCAGACAGCAGCCAAUGUUACAGAAGCCAUCACGAAGUUGAAGGAAAUUGAGGGUCGAUUUAAGAACCAACACCCCCAAAAUCGCGAUGCUGAUGUCGACAUGGACGAUGGCGAAGAUAUUAUGGUCGACACAAAACCAAUUAAUGGAAAGAACAAACGCGACUCGCAAACUGACGAAGCCGAAGACGCAUCGUCGAUCAAGCCUUGGAUGGCUGGGAGGCUCAUUCAUCGAACCGAGCCAGAGCUCAAGACACAUACCUCAUACCUUGUGUUCGCUGUGUUGCCACAAGAAUGGAGUGAGGCGCAGGAAGCAGCAGCUUUCGCGAAUUGGCCAUGCGGUAAUGAGAGCAAGGUCAUCGGCAGUCUAGACAAGGAGGCUCGUAAGAAGGAAAAGCGGGAAAUGCUUCAGGGGAAGAAGCGGAAGAAGGACCCUAACAAUAAAUCGGAAGGGGGUCGCGCUUCAUCACCGAAGAAGAGCAAAGCCUCGUAGCUGGGAACUUACGAACGAUUAAGACUAUGAUACCCCGACCUAUUUGGUCAUUCA